GAAAAUCCCUGAAGGAGGAAGAGCAGAUCAGCUUCCUGCUGCCGGGAGCAGAGCCCUCAUCUUCAUCCCCCUCCCCUUCAUCGGUGUGUCUGCUGCAUCAUGGCCGGAGCUCUGAGGAUGAGUGAAGCUCAGUACAUCAACGUCUACGAUAACGACCUGCAGUUGAACCUGAUGCCGUACGACUACAUCCCCCCGGUGGACAUAAAGACAGAGCCCUACAUCCCAGAGACAGCUCAUGGUCCCUACAUCCAGAUCAUCGAGGAGCCAAAACAGAGGGGUUUUCGUUUCCGUUACGAGUGCGAGGGUCCGUCUCAUGGCGGGUUACCAGGGGCCUCCAGUGAGAAGAACCGGAGAACCUACCCGACUGUGAAGAUCAAUAACUACGUGGGUCACGCUCGGGUCGAGGUUCAGCUGGUGACCCACACAGACCCCCCCCGAGUCCACGCCCACAGUCUGGUGGGCCGCCACUGCACCGAGAAGGGAACCUGUACGCUGGACGUGGGCCCCAACGACCUCACCGCCUCGUUCAGUAACCUCGGAAUUCUUCACGUGACCAAGAAAGGUGUCGUUGAGAUUCUGUGCAAGAGGCUGAGAGACGAGAGGAGGAGACACAAAGGACACACACUGACAGACGUGGAGGAGAGUGUGUGUCUGAAGGAUGCAAAGGAUCUUGGGAAGGUGAUGGACCUGAACAUCGUGAGGUUAAAGUUCACCGCCUACCUGCAGGACAGUAACGGAGGAUUCACCAGAGCGCUCAAACCCGUCGUGUCCAACCCCAUCUACGACAGCAAGUCUCCAAACGCCUCCAACCUGAAAAUCUCUCGUAUGGAUAAGACGUGCGGCUCGGUGCUCGGAGGAGACGAGAUCUUCCUGCUCUGCGACAAAGUCCAGAAAGACGACAUCGAGAUCCGCUUCUAUGAGGAGGAUGACGAGGGAGGAUGGGAGGCGUUCGGGGAUUUCUCACCCACUGAUGUCCACAAACAGUACGCCAUCGUGUUCAAGACUCCGGCCUAUCACAGCGCAGAGAUCGAGCGUCCCGUCACCGUCUUCCUGCAGCUGAAGAGGAAGAAGGCCGGCGACAGCAGUGACCCCAAACAGUUCACCUACAUCCCACAUGUCCAAGAUAAAGAGGAGGUAUUGAGAAAGAAGCAGAAACCGCUGCCUCACUAUGAAUCCUGGAGAGGAGGGCGAGGAGGUGGAGGAGGAGCUGGGGGUUUCGGAGGAGGAGGAGGAGGAUUUCAGUUCAACCAGCAGAUGAACGGAGGAGGAGGAGGAGGAGGAGGAGGAGGAGGAGGAGGAGGAGGAGCUUUCUUCACUGGAGGUUUCACUGGCUUCACUGGAGGGGGAGGGGCUCAGAUGUCAGGCUCCACCCCUCAGACAGAUGUUGCCCAGCACCAGAGUGACGGACAGACGCCUCUCCGGCAGCAGCUCUGUCAGAUUGCGGCGGCGCUCCACAGCCGAGCGUCUCAGAGCGCCAGGCAGACCGCCGCCGCCCUGCUGCAGUACUGCAGCACCGGGGACGCCCGCGUCCUCCUGGCUAUCCAGAGACACCUCUGUGGCGUCCAGGACGGCAACGGAGACACUCCUUUGCACCUGGCCGUCAUCCACCAGCAGACAGGUGUGAUUCAGCAGCUGGUUCACACUCUGCUCAGCAGCCAACAGCAGCACGUCCUCAACGUGGCCAAUCACCUCCGACAGACGCCGCUCCACCUGGCCGUCAUCACGCGGCAGGUGAAGGUGGUGGAGGUGUUGUUGCGGGCCGGGGGGGACCUCAGCCUGGUGGACAGAGACGGACGCAGCCCGCUGCACCUGGCCGCGCUGGCCGGAGACAGCGCUACGCUCCGCCCCCUGCUGGCCCACAUGGGGGAACACCACGCCCACCUGGUCAACACCGCCGACUUCCAUGGGCUCCAGCCCCUUCACCUGGCCGUGAGGAGGGACGGCGAGCGCUGCCUCCGCCUGCUGGUGGAGGGAGGAGCCAAGAUCAACGCCCCCGAGCAGAAGAGUGGAAACAGCGCCCUCCACCUGGCCGUCAGAGAGAACCUGUUCAAGGUGGCGUGCACGCUCAUCACCGAGCUGAAGGCCGAUGUGAACGCCUGCACGUUUGGAGGGAACACGGCGCUCCACCUGGCGGCCGGCCUGGGCUCGCCCACGCUCUGCUCCAUGCUCAUCGCAGCAGGAGCUGAUAAGAACAUGGAGAACGACGAGCCGCUCUUUUUCAACUACUCUUCAGAAGAAGAAGAGAAAGACGAAGAUGCACCAAUCACAGAAGAGGAGGCCGUCGCCUGUCAGCCAAUCAACCCUCGCAAGAGACCAGCAGGACACACCCCCCUAGACCUCGCUAAAUGUCAAAGGGUGAGGAACCUGUUAACGUCCAGACGGAGUCCAAAGGCCGGUCGUCAUGGCAGCAAGAGGAUCAAGUCAAGCAGCAGUGAAGAGCGGGACUGCUCGGGGCUGGACGAGGACACGCUGUCCCGGCUGGUGGAGGUGCUGAGCGUCGGAGACGUUCCCUGGAGGAAACUGGCGGAGAAGCUGGGGAUGAUGACGCUGACGCUGACGCACCUGUACCAGGACAGUGCCACGCCCUGCCACCACCUGCUGCAGCACUACAAGCUGGGGGGCGGGCCACUCGACGGCCUCGUCGACGCCCUUCAGUCGCUCGGUUUGUCCGACGGAGUCCAACUGCUGCGAAGCUCCGAGCUGAGAGACGACAAACACAACACAGACGCCACCGUCGACAGCGGCUUCGGCAGCCAGCCAAUGGAAGAGGAGGAGCCACCCGUAGCCAAUGAGUGAUGGGCAAGAAAGGACAUGUGAAAUUGGGCAGCAUGUGGUCCAGGUCCUGGUCCUGGUCCUGAUCCUGGUCCUGGUCUUGGCCUCGGUCCUGGUCUGGUCUGGUCUUAUUUUGACCUGGUCUUGGUCAUGGUCCUGGUCUGGUCCUGGUCUUGGCAUCGGCCUCGUUCCUGGUCUGGUCCUGGUCCAGGUCCUGGUCUGUGCACAGGUGGACUUCACUGUGCAGACUGCGCCUGAUUGGUUCACAGACUCUGUUGUUUCACUUGAGGAGGAAACAACAAUCGUUCUAAAAAAAUAAAAAAUAAAAAAGCUAAAAAAGAUUUAGCUUAUUUACAUUUUUCAUUAAUUUAUAUUUUGUUCUUCUUUGAACUGUUUCAGAAUAUUUUCGUUUUGUGACUUUUAACAGACGUCGGCUGCAGAGACUUUAUUUGUCAGGAUAAAUCUGUGCUGUGUUUACAGUGUGUGUGUGUGUGUGUGUGUGUGUGUGUGUGUGUGUGAUACCUGAAGAACUGAUCUGCUUCUUCACCUCUGUCAAAACUGGAAUUUCCUCUUCUCUGUGGGCUCCUGAACGCAGCACGUCUCACAGAUGUUUUGUCUAUUUUCUGUCAAAGAACAUGAAAAAUAAAAAAAACGUAUAUAUGUAAAAUAUCAAUGUGUGAGAAAUAAAAGCCUUCCUAUGGAACCAAAUGUUAAA